AUGGGAAACUUUUGUCAGAAGCACUGCACCUGUUUGGAGCCCUACAUCCCAUUCUUAUUCUCAGGGAGAGAUGGUGAGCCAGAUGAGAAAGCUGGCCAAGUCUUCACCAACCUUGCUGUGGUAAAAGAUGUCUGCCAAGAAGGACAGAAUGACAGAGACAGUAAGAUAAAGCAGAAACCUUUACCUCCACUGCCUGGCCAGCAUCCGGUGAAUAUUUGCACAUUUGUGGCACUCUUUGACUACGAGGCUCGCACUGAGGAGGACUUGAGCUUCCAUGCUGGGGAUAAGCUUAAAGUGCUGGAUGCAUCCCAUGAGGGCUGGUGGUAUGCUAGGCUCCUCCUGCCAAAAGGGUCAGUCUGUCCAGGCCGCAAGCUCCAGGGCUACAUCCCUGCCAACUACAUAGCUGCUGACCAGAGCAUCCAAGCUGAGCCAUGGUUUUUUGGCCCAAUCAAACGAGCAGAUGCUGAGAGACAGCUGUCAAGUCCUGGAAACCAGGCAGGAGCCUUCCUAAUCCGAGAAAGCGAAAGUCUAAAAGGCGAAUACUCUCUUUCAGUUUUUGAUGGUGUGUCUGUAAAGCACUACAGGAUCAGAAAGCUGGAUGAAGGAGGCUUUUUCCUAAGCAGAAGGAAAACUUUCAAAACUCUGAAUGAGUUUGUUGACUAUUAUAGUAAGAACAGUGAUGGCCUCUGCGUCGUGCUUGGAAAGCCAUGCCCAAAGGUACAAAUUCCCACUACUUUUGAUUUGUCAUAUAAAACUGUUGAUCAGUGGGAGAUAGACCGAAAAUCUCUGAAUUUUUUGAAAAAAUUAGGAUCUGGCCAGUUUGGUGAGGUAUGGGAAGGACUGUGGAAUAAUACCACCCCUGUGGCAAUCAAAACACUAAAACCAGGUUCAAUGGAUCCAAAAGACUUUCUGAGGGAAGCACAAAUAAUGAAGAACUUGAGACAUCCAAAGCUUAUACAGCUUUAUGCUGUUUGCACUUUGGAGGACCCAAUUUACAUUAUUACUGAGCUGAUGAGAUAUGGAAGUCUUCUUGAAUACCUGCAAAAAGAUGCAGGCUCCCAAAUCUUUCUGCCACAUCAGAUAGACAUGGCUGCUCAGGUGGCUUCGGGGAUGGCUUACCUUGAAUCUCAAAACUAUAUCCAUCGGGAUCUGGCAGCCAGGAAUGUUCUUGUUGGUGAACACAGUGUUUACAAAGUGGCAGACUUCGGACUUGCAAGAGUUUUUAAGGUGGAAAAUGAAAACAUAUAUGAAGCUAGGUCUGAAACAAAACUUCCAGUGAAAUGGACAGCCCCAGAGGCAAUCCGAUACAACAAAUUCAGCAUUAAGUCAGAUGUCUGGUCAUUUGGAAUACUUCUGUUUGAAAUAAUCACUUAUGGGAAGAUGCCAUAUGCUGGCAUGUCAGGACACCAGGUGGUCCAGAUGCUGGACAAGGGGUACCGACUUCCUCAGCCAAAGACCUGCCCAGCGCCUCUCUAUGAGUUGAUGCUGCAGUGCUGGAACGCGGAGGCAGGUGAGCGCCCCACCUUCAAGGCUCUCUGCGGGCAGCUUGAGUGCUACUUGGAGACCGACUCCUCUGCCUAUGCCCAUGCCCAGGCUUGGUGA